CAUUUUUGAGUUUUUGCGUUGCAAGGAUCACGUUUCUAAAGCAAUAUCAGGGAAACAGCACUCUUCCUUGCCUUUCGUCACCGCAAUAGCCGACAUUCCGUCACAAUAUAAUGUAGUGAACGUAUGGCGCGGAUGUUGUGGACAAGGAUGGGCGUUGACGGCGCGCUUGUCCCGGACUAACUAUACGAUAAACAAGUAAAAUGGCACCUACUCGUACAUUGGGCCACGAGCGCCAGUGCAUGCGUAUGACCGACACGAUAACACUGCAAUCGGUUGACUACUUUUGCAACCGUCCCUCGUAUUUUCACGGCGCACAUUUGCACCCAUAUCUCUGCAGAGUCUGCAAAGAGGCGGGAUAUACAGCUUCUCCCGCGGGUUACAAGACUGCUGCAAGUGACUACGCACCUGACGAGCAUGGAGUCAAGGUGCACGUUUGCUUUGAAAGAAACGGCGGUGAUCACCGUGGCGGGCAUUCUGAUCGUCUCCUUGUCGACGGCUACAGGGCAAUCUGUUGACAGAUGUGACCCGAACUCGGUAAAAGUGUGCUACGCAAUGUAUAUGACCGUGUUAUGGCGGGAGGAGUUUAAGCCUAGCCCAGAGGGCGAGUACGACGAAGAGGAGCUCAAGAGAGGUUGCAGCAUCAUCAAAGCAAAGUCGCCAUGUCACCAACGUCUGGCCAAUUGCUCUGAAGCGGUGACUGGGGACCUCAGGAUCCAGGAGAGAGGAUACGAGGCGAUGCGCAACAUUAUCUGCGAUGUCAACUCACUGAAAGCGUCACCUCCGGGGGCUGCACCAGCUAGUUUCCCGAGUGGCGGUCAAUCGAGACCGAGAAUGGCGAGGUUGGGGCGAGCGGGACUGACGGCGCUGGGGCGAUGCGAGCGGGACCUUAGUGAAAAUCCCGCGGAGAUUGCCUGCUUCGACAAGGCGUUCAACUCGUCCUGCCCCCUGUCUAUGGAGACGGCCAAGGCAGCGGUGACCAGAGUAGUGAAUGCCGCAGCCCUACUCAAAGGCUGCGAGUCAUCUUCAAACGCAGUCGUGGUUUCCGGAGGUUUUCUCGUUCUGCUGGUUGUUCCCGUUAUUCUGAGUUGGUUGAGAACGUGA